AUGACUUCUCUCAUCGUAUCUGAAUCCAACACCUCAGAACAUUGGAACAACUGGCCCACUGAAAAGGGUUUCGACCCUGAGUACGAACAGCCCACACCAGUUGAGCUCUCUGUGACAGGACACAUCCCUGCUUACGCUGCGGGAACUCUUUACAGAACUGGACCGGGUAAAAGUCAGAUAGAAACAGAAAAUGGAGAACUGUUUAAAUUAUCACACUGGUUCGACGGGCUCAGCCAAACACAUCGGUUCCAAAUCAUCUCAGAUGAUGACUCCCAAACACGAGUCCUAUACAAUUCGCGAUUCUCGACCGACGAUAUGCUUGAGAGUAUCCGGAAAACUGGCUCAUUUGGACGCCCUGGCUUUGGACAGAACCGCGACCCUUGCAAAGAAGCCUUCAAGAAGGUGGAAACCGAAUUCGAACCACGACAGAGUCUCUCUACAAGCAACAUCGGCGUGACCCUUUCAGUGAACAUGCCAGGUUUCAAGAAACCAUCAGACGAAGAAGAAUCCUCAGCGGAGCGGUGGGCUGACUCAAAAGGAAUCCGAAAUUUGUAUGCAAAGACCGACUUUAAUGCAUUCAAAAAGCUCGAUCCAGAAACACUCGAGCCAAUCGGAAUGGCGACGCAAGCAAGUCUUCAUCCAGACCUCACCGGUCAAAGAUCCGCUGCGCAUGCUCGCUCGGAUCCGGUGACGGGUGAUGUGUUCAAUUACAAUCUCACAGUGGGACCGACAUCUAUCUACCGAAUAUUUCACGUCUCUGCUUCAACAGGAGAGACUGUUAUCCUUGCUGAGUUUCCCGGCUUACCAUCUUACAUCCACUCUCUGAUUAUCACAGAGGACUUUGUAGUUCUUUGUGUAUGGAACGCAUUUCUUGACCUUGAAACAUUGGAGGAUAAAAAUGCUCCUUUCAUGGAUGCUAUGAUACCCACUGAUCCAAGCCAACCUGCAACUUGGUAUGUGGUGGAUCGCAAGCAAGGCCGUGGUCUGGUCGCAAUAUACGAGAGUCCGGCUUUCUUCUGUUUCCACACAGUCAACGCUUACCAGGAGGUCUCGAAGGAAGAUCCGACUAAAAUUGACAUCGUCGCGGAUCUUAUUCGUAUGGAUAGCUGUGAGUUUUUGGAUCUUUUCCUUUACGAGAAUAUGAAAUCGACAACCCCUGCUGCAAAGGCACUCGCAGAGGGAAGGAAAGACAAAGAUUUCAGCGAUUUCACCCGGUAUCGUCUUCCUUCAAUCCCGGAAUCUAGCUCGGAACCGCUCAAGGCUGUGGUAGAAUGGUCUUCAUGCAAAGGCCUCUCACCAGAAUUACCCACUAUGAACCCCAAGUUUGUUACUCACAAAUACCGGUAUACAUACGCCGUGGCUAUUGGUGCAGAGUCCACAUUUACAACUGGUAUUUUCAAAUUUGACGUUGAAAAUCACGAAGUCUUGAAGUGGACUGUUCAUGGACAUUCGCCCAGUGAGCCAAUCUUCGUUCCUAACCCAGCUGGUGUUGAGGAAGAUGAUGGAGUGCUGCUUAGCGUUAUACUGGAUGGUUUCCAAGAUCGCAGCUACCUUCUUUGUCUUGAUGCUCGGAACUUGAAUGAACUUGGCAGAGCUGAGAUGGAUGGCGUGGUGGGAUUUGGAUUCCAUGGUCAGCAUGUUCCAAAUGCAGGCUUGCCUACUGGUGAUUACUAG